CAAACGACCUUGUGAUGCUGCUUCGAUCACAGCGGUUUCUAUUAAUACCUACAUAUUACAGCUUUAUUGGACUGUACAAUGAAAUGGAACUUUAAUUUAAGUUUGAUUGAAGUGAACACUUUUAGAAUGCUGCAGAAAUUAGGCUCUUGCUGCUUUCCAUGAGGUUCUGCCCAAAGCUGAAUUUAUCUGCAAGAGAGUUCCAGUAUAGUAGAGGAGUGGCUUUAUAAAGAAUGUGACUGACAUGGACAAUGAAGUGGAUUCAGAUUAUGAAUUGCCUGAUGAAGAUCAGUACAACACUGUUGAAGACCCAGAGGAAAGAAAUCAUGUCAGAAUUCCACCAGUCAGACGUCCGAGGAAUGCAGACGAAGACUAUGCAGACAAAAGGGUCAUGUCAUAUGCUGCCUCGCAUUCCCCACAGAGUUCAUCUCCGGACCUGAGCAAAUUCAGAAACAUACCCCCAAAAACACCAAAAAGAACUGUUCCAGGUCCAUCUGUCAACAGGAAUUUAAAACCAACCCAACGUUUGCAACCACCAACAGGCGAAACAAUUAACACACAGUAUGCUAAGAAUCAGUUGCCUCCACCUAGGCCUCCAAGGACGUUACCUAAAGUACAUCAGCCUCUUCCUCCAGAGCCAGGGAUCAGAACAUGGGAUCAGGAGACUGAAACAACAAAGGAUAAACCAUGGAGGCCAAGACCUGCAAGGAAACAAAAUUAUGUUAAUGAUCAAUCCAAUGAAUGUCCAGUUACGUUACCUCCCCGCAUCAAUUCACCACAACAGCACAAGAGAACUAAUGUCCCCGGUUCAAGACCUCUUUUUACACCUCCUAGACAUUCACAGGAUCUGGAGUUUAGACAAGGUUCCAGUACAGCGUUGAAUGAUCGAGCAUCCCCGGUUUCAGGUAUAACAACACAUAAUUCAAGAUACAUCCAUGAAUGGCCUGAGACGAGAAAUGACAUGCAAAAGCUGAAACCUACUGAUCUGCAGAAACCCACGAUACCCAGCAGCACAACAGCUCAGGGUUCCAACAGGCAUAGCUGGUACAUCGGAGCAUAUGAUCGGUGUGAAGCUGAAACUGCUUUAUAUAGGAUGAGUGUGGAUGGGGCAUUUCUAGUACGAGACUGCUCAAAGAAGAUUGCUGAUGAACCAUACGUCUUAGUCGUGUUUUAUGAAAAUAAAGUGUACAACGUUAAAAUCCGUUAUCUGGAACAAAGUCAGCAGUAUGCACUUGGAACAGGACUAUGGGGAAAUGAUACGUUUGAUUCCAUAAGUGACAUCAUCGAAUUCCACAAGAUAUAUCCAAUAAUACUUAUCGAUGGGAAGGAUAAAUCAGGGACUCAGAAGGAGCAGUGCACCUUAACUUAUCCUGUUACUGAAAAUGACAUCAAAAAUAUGUGACUUUCAAAUGGCCGUUAACCAAAACAUCCAACCUAUGAAAGCAAUGUCAUUGAUUUUUGUGUGAAACAAUUAAUCAUGUCAAUCUGGUUACACACAAGAGAAAUGUUGUAAAUAUUCACUACAAUAAAAGGAUCUUCCUUUUAAAGGGUUUCAGAACACUCUGUAGUGUUUUACAAGAAACACAUUACUUUACUGUUGCUGUAUCCGGAGUUGUCCUUAUCAGGAUAACAUACAGUAGCCCUGUGUUUGGUUUUAUUUUUCUUCAUACAUUACAUUGUACUCAGAUCAAGCUACCUGUUUCAACAAUGCUGACGCUCUGAUUGGAAUGACUCGCUAUCAAUUAGCACGUUUUAUCAUAAUUAUAUUUUGAAUUUACAAAAUCCGGUUUCUGAGAUACAAAGCUUUUUACAAUAUAGAUACAAUAUUUUUUAAGUAAAUACACAUUCCUUAAUCGUCACGCUUAUACUGACUUGUAGCCUACAUGUUCAUUCAAUUAAUGUUAAAUCUAUAAAGGUAAAGUACUGCAUGUUCCGUAACUGUAAGAUUAGUUAGGUCAGAAUACCGUGUUGAUCAUGGUAGAGAACAUAUUUCUAGUAUUACGCAUCAUGUGCUAUUUUUCUGGUCUAUGUAUAUUUCUAAGUAUUUAUGUAAUCAUUUAUUAAUAUCCGAAGCACGCUUUAUGCAAAGUGGUGCGUUUUAUAGUUUCUUUGUUUUUUAUGUUUCAGUGUUUAAAAGUUCUCAAUGCACAAAGAAAGUAAAAACAUCACUUUCAUUGUUUAAUAACCUUAUUGCAAUUUGUACUUAGAUUUAUUUCUGUAUUUCUUUUAUUAUAAAAUUAAAGAGUAACAUGUCUUUGAAUUCAAUUUUUCAAUCUUUUCCCUUAAUAAACAUAUUGUAUUUACUCCAUAAAAUAAGAUACCCCCCAAAAAGCCAAGAAAAAAAAAAAUCUUGAAUGCAAGUCAUGUAAGUUGUAAUUUGAUUUCAACUCUUAAUUCAAAACGAAUCACGUCAAGAUUUCAAGGGGCCAGCAUUAAAACUUCUAGAGGGUUCAGAAAAAGCAUAUUUACCAAAAUAACUAGUCUUUAUUAUUAGGAAUGCUACAGAAGUUGUAGUUAGUUUUUAUAUGCAUAGGUUUUAUUAUUAUUAUUUAUUUCUUAGCAGAUGCCCUUAUCCAGGGCAACUUACAAUUGUUACAAGAUAUCACAUUAUGUUUACAUACAAUUACCCAUUUAUACAGCUGGGUUUUUACUGGCGCAAUCUAGGUAAAGUACCUUGCUCCAGGGUACAGCAGCAGUGUCCCCCACCUGGGAUUGAACCCACGACCCUCUGGUCAAGUCCAGAGCCCUAACCACUACUCCACACUGCUGCCCAUACAUAACAUGAUUAAAAAUGAUGACUCCCCUGGAGAAGUGCCUAGGGGUGGUACCUUAUCUGCAGGACAGUUAGUCUGAUAUGUUGUUAUUGAAAAAUAAACGUGUACCAGGUUUGUUCCUAUGCUUCCAGGCUUUUCCAAUUGAUGUUCU